UUCUUUCUCAUGGCAGGUCGAGGAAUGUACCGGUUCUGCUAAGAAAGUAAAAGCAGAAAAAACACCUAUAGCCUAUUCAAAGGCAUAUUUUCUCUAUGGACCGGAGAACGCUAGCUAUUGUCUUUUUUGAUUUGUAAUUAUAGUUGCAUUUUAGAAAAAGUUACUCUUUUGACAGCGUUUUAGAAUCUGUGUAAAAAUGAAUUAUUUAUUGUUCGGCUCCAAGCUGCAAGGCCAUUUCUGUAGCAUACUAAUCGUCAUACAAGCAAUCAUCAUACCAACGACUGUGAGUUCGUUUGCUACCGAAGGCGACUGCACAUGUACUUGGAGUGAAUGGAUGAAUAACAACGACUUCAACCCAACCAAAGCGGAUGACAAUAGUUACGAACAUUUAAGAUAUUACUACACGUUUUGUGAACGGCCAAGCAACAUCGAGUGUCGGAGCACUGACAAUCCAACAAUACCUUUUAAUUUACUGCAACAACAAGAUGUCGAUUGUAAUGUUGAUAUCGGUCUGGUUUGCGUCUCACGACCUUUUAAUCCACAUCUGGAAGAACAGGCCAGGCCGUUUUAUUGCAUGGAUUAUGAAAUUCGUGUUCAAUGCUGUGUGUGUGUUCAGGUAACACAACCAAUCACUACUGCCACGACUAUAGUUGCCCCAACAUCCACAACGAGUACCAAGUUUAUCCCUGUUACUCCCCCAACCACUGCAGCAGUGACCCCCAACGGAAAUCAGGUCGGAUGCGACAAUGGCGAAAAAACAGCAACGACGACUGGCGUACCUGAUCCUGGUACAGAUUCACAAAAUGGAAUUCCGUUGUCGAUUAUAAUCGUGAUAAUAAUCUGCAUCGUUUUAUUGUUGGGUGGCAUCGGAUGUUUCAUUGUUUCAAAAGGACUUUGUCGGAAGAUAAGAGAAAAAGAACAAAAUAACGUUCACGUAAACGUACAGGAGAUGUAUGAGUUCCAACGUCCUAUAACCAUGGAAGAAAUUGAUGCCGCGAGCUCUUACAGUUCUUCGUCUUCGUGUAGAUCGAUAUCAUCUAGUGAGAGAAGUUAUCAAGCACAAAGAGAAAACGAUUUCGAAAACGGAAAACUUGAAUUUGUUCCAUUACAGCACCACCACCCUGAUGUGAUUGCCUCGUCAGGUUAUGACCAAUCGCCUCCGUUGUAUGGAAAACCAGGCGAGCGACGGUGGCUGCCUGAUGAACAUGAGUUGAGUCUUGAAAAACAAGCGGCAAAGGCUGGAAAAAAGUCGAGGUUUAAUCCAAGGUCAUUCUCGCCUGUACAUAAAAGUAUUCCGUACAUGGAUGACGCAUCUGGAGUUUAAAAAUAGAAUCUUGUUAGUUAAAGAGUUGUUUGAGGUAUUAACACAAGUAAUCAGGCUCGCCGUCGAAGUAUGGACAUAAUAUAUACUGAUGGUGUGACAUCAGUAUAUGCUAUGGUAUAUGGAAGAGUACGAAACACGUUGAUGCUGUCUGAGAUGUACUGAGGAAUGCGUAGAAUACCAGGGACUAACAUAGAACUUAAUAUUGUCUGUAGCUGUGGGGUAAGACAGGACACCUUUAACACAUAAUAUCCCAAUAUCCUGAUCGUGUUUUAAACAAGUAACAACUAUUGGAGUCGUGAGGAUACGAUUUUAUAUUUCUUUGA